UACCCCGAGAUAAAACGAGUUAAAGCGAACUUGGUGCGGAAUUGACUGACAAUGAGAAUUUAAAACAGCUUUUUAAUACCGAUUAAGUCCUUUGCGUAGGAUGCUUCGAUUUUCUUGUAUAUUCCGGAUUAUUAUAUGCAGUUUUCAAUUGAUAUUCUGAUAUUACUUGCUUUCGUAAUUAAAUUCAUAAUCGUAAUCAAAUUAUAUGAAACCUUCUAUAAAGAUAUGAAGACAUGAAGAUGAAAACAAAUCAAAUGAGUAGUUCGCUUUAGCUUAUAGGACACGUCUUUAACGUUAAAGAUCGAUAGUCCGCAAAUAGAUAAAGCUGGCUAUCGACAGCUGGUGACAGGGUUGGUAGCUAGCAAGGGGUUGCACAAGGUCGUCGAGGGUAAGUUACCCCCGACAAAGGAAGUUCGCAUCUGCGCAUAGAGAAGUCCAACUAUCUCUCUCACUCUUCGCGCCGGGUGCUACGGCUUGACGCGUACAUUUGCUCGCUAUAUAGUGUAUAUAGGUCGGCGGUACGCCUCGUGCGGCUGUCGCUGAAACCAAGUUCAAGGCCAAAGGCUCGGCAAAGGCCACAUUCGCGUGCGAUGGUGGGGGUCGUUGAUGGUUGAAUAAGUGGAGGGGCUGUUGAACGCAACCGCGGAACAUCACUCAGUCGGCGGUGAUGCUGUCUCGUGUUUGCACGCGUACUCCGGUCGCGCUCGUUUUUCAAACUUCGAGCGGCAAACCUCUCCGUCGUAGCACGCGCUAUCUCGCGCCGUGCGAUCGCUUGGAGUGACCCGCGACUCGCGAGUCAGCCGAGAGGAUCGCUCGUGGCUUAUCAGUCAAGAACGUGCAACGCUAAAGUCAAGGGAUCCUCGUGUACCGAGGCACAACGCGGUGUGAUUUGGUGUUGUUCAAGAGAAGUCAACCACGUGCGUGAAAGUGCGAUAGAAUCGAAAAUUAAUCGGAGAUUUAACGUAGUGCGUUUCCCUGAAUCGUCAUGGGAGACGAGUUGCCAAUUCUGAAAGGAAUCCUUAAUGGAGUAGUCAACUAUCACAAUGCACCGGUACGAUUCGGCCGCGUGCCCAAGCGUGAGAAGGCCAGGAUUCUGGCUGCUAUGCAGCAGAGCUCUCACAGUCGUUCUCAAGAAAAGGCGGUAGCAGCCGAGCUGGAGGACGAGCAACGUCUGCUUACAACUGUGGUGCGAGCUCAUAUCGACACAUGUGACUUCACCAGGGACAAAGUAGCUCCGAUCCUCGCCAGAGCCCGCGAAACCCCCAACUACACCGCGUGUCCACCAACCUUGGCAUGUCCUUUGAAUCCUAAUCCGCAACCGUUGACUGGGCAGCAAGAGUUACUUCAAGACUUCUCAAAAAGGUUCUCGCCGGCCAUACGCGGUGUCGUGGAGUUCGCGAAACGCAUACCUGGAUUCAACCUGCUGGCACAGGAUGACCAGGUCACUCUAUUAAAGGCUGGCGUUUUCGAGGUGCUGCUCGUGCGAUUGGCCUGUAUGUUCGAUGCUCAAACGAACAGUAUGAUCUGCUUGAACGGCCAAGUGCUCAAACGAGAGUCCAUCCAUAAUAGCAGUAACGCGCGAUUCCUAAUGGAUUCGAUGUUCGACUUCGCCGAGAGAGUCAACUCCUUACGAUUAUCUGACGCUGAGUUGGGACUGUUCUGUUCGAUUGUGGUAAUUGCCGCCGAUAGACCUGGACUACGCAAUACCGAACUGGUCGAACGUAUGCACAAUAAGCUCCGAAAUGCUCUACAGACGGUACUAGCACAGAACCAUCCCCAGCAUCCCGACAUCCUUCAUGAAUUAUUAAAGAAAAUACCCGACUUAAAAACUCUGAAUACCCUCCACUCUGAAAAACUACUGGCUUUCAAAAUGACCGAGCAACAGCAGCAGUUGCAAGCCCAACAACAGCAUCAACAGCAGCAAACGCAACAUGUCAUCUCCCCUCAACAACAGCCGCAUUGGCCAAUGGAAGAAGAGCCUCCGGCUUCUUGGGGUUCCGCUUCGGACGUAACUUUAGACGAAGCGGUGAAGAGCCCAUUGGGUAGCGUGUCGAGUACAGAAAGCACCUGCAGCGGCGAAGUUGCCUCCUUGACGGAAUACCACCACGUAGCACCAGCCAGUGGUCAUCAUGCAUCGAGUGCGCCUCUUCUGGCUGCCACCUUAGCUGGUGGACUCUGUCCGCAUAGACGACGUGCGAACUCUGGCAGUACUAGUUCCGGCGAUGACGAACUUCAUCGUUCUACUAUGUCCAAAACUCCACAGCCACCUCAGUGUCGCAGUUUCCGCAAAUUGGAUUCGCCAAGUGACAGCGGAAUCGAGUCCGGUACCGAGAAGCCUGACAAACCGGCCAGCAGCAGUGCCAGCAGCGCUCCUACAUCUGUGUGCUCGAGUCCACGUUCGGAGGACAAAGAAGUCGAGGAUAUGCCAGUGCUGAAGCGCGUACUUCAAGCACCACCCCUAUAUGAUACCAACUCAUUGAUGGACGAGGCUUACAAGCCCCAUAAGAAGUUCCGCGCUUUGCGCCAGAAGGACAGCGCCGAGGCUGAGCCCGCUGUGGUAGUUCAACACACACAGUCUCAAUUGCAUCUGCAUUUAACCUCACCACCAGCACGCAGUCCGCCCACUCAAACGGCGCAAUCCCAAUGCCCACAAACCGGGAGUCUGCUGAGCAGCACGCAUUCCACUCUCGCGAGAAGCUUGAUGGAAGGUCCACGAAUGACGGCUGAACAACUGAAGCGUACGGACAUCAUACACAACUAUAUAAUGCGGGGUGAAGCCAGUCCCAGAUCACCGACGGCAUCGCCAUCGCCCGCGGAACAAUGCGCCUCGACGACUACCGUGACCACACGCUCGACGCAAGGAUCUCAGGGUCUUCUGCAAUGCGCCACCACGAGCUAUUCGAACAGAUGGCCGGCCACCUCGGUGAUCACGACGACGACAGGUGCGCGACAACAGCAACAGCAACAACAGUCUUCCUCAGACUAUCUCGCUGUUGCCAAUUCUCCUGCUUCGUCACCGCGAUAUCUUUCCGCGGCGGCAACUAGUAGUACGAGCACGAGUCCAAGGCCGACCUCGAGUACAGCGGCUACAUUGGUGUUAUCGGGCUGUUCAAGCAACAUGAUGGAGCUACAGGUCGAUAUCGCGGACAGCCAGCAACCGCUGAACUUGUCUAAGAAGUCGCCAUCCCCAUCACCAUCUCCCAGACCGCUUGUUGGACCCUGCAAGGCCCUCUCUCUCGAGGCGUAGUGUUCUCGCGAGCUCGAGUGAUUUCUCAUAAUAUGCAUUGACGCGCGCGAAACCGGGAUAUUUGAUCCACUAAUCAUCAACCGGCGGAAAGUCGUUGUCAUGACGCAACCUUCCCCGGCCUUUAACUAGAAAUGAAAGUGCCAGGACGCUCUGAGCGCGUGACAAACCAAAUAAUUUAUUAAUUUAAACUACUUAUGGCUAAAAUCGCGCGAAAAAGGAGGUGGAGGUUACGGAGAAACGGACAGGGUACAUCUCCGUGUACAAUCACGAGGAAGACAGACGUUCAGUGGCGAGUUGUUUUCUCCGAGUGCGCGAAAUGACGAUGAACAGACGCUUGCACGAAAGUGUCAAUUCGAUGAAAGCAACAGUGCCGUGUAGGGGAGCCACCUCUAUCCACCUAAAACUACCUAUCUACCUGUCUACCUAUCUAAAAACCUAUCUGCUCUAGGUGUACAUCUAGAAGAUAGAGCAUCUGCGAUGGAAAAAAAGAAAGGUUGAGUGUUACAGAAAUUAAUAAUCUAUCUACAUGUGAUAAUCAUGGAAAUCGCGCAUCCUGUACAGUCUCCACCUCAUUCAUUGAUCAUCUACUCUACUAUAAUUAUUAAAUAUAAUUAUAAAACUAAUUAUAUUAUAAUAUUAUUGUAAUAUGUGUAAGGUAUCAUAACCGUAAAAAAUUAUCAUUUCGUGUACAUGUAGAAAAAGACGCGUAUGAUACUCUUGUGCGAAUGAUGACAGAUAGAUCUAGAAUGAAUGGGGAAAAAGAGAGAAUGAAUGAGCGUGCUUGUGCAAAUGAGUCGGGGCAAAUCGAAAAGCUUCUUGAUCGCGGUGGCAACCGAGAAUGAAAAUCGCGUACGCGGUUUUAAAAAAUUAAGCGUUUUGUUAUGAGACUGAUCGGUCCGCUGUGGCCACCAGUUUGCAAUUACCGUACCUUUAUAUUACAUGUCGUGUCUCUUCGUCGGGAAGACGACGCGAGAAGUAAUUGUAUCCUUUAAUCGCGUCGUAUAGCGAAAUAGGUAUCGUAGGCCCGCUUAAACGCGUUAUACAAUAUUAUGUGUCGUGUGUGCAUGCAUGAAAGUCAGAUUAGAUAGAUCGAGACAGGCUUGCGAAAGAGAAAGCGAAGGCGAAAAAAAGAAAGAGAAUGAGGGGAGAAAGAAGAAAAUAGAAAGGGAACGAAGGAGAAAGAGAGAAGCCGCGAAGCGCUCGAGCAAAGCGGAGUUCCGAUUAGAACGUUGAAACGCAGUGUAAAUAGUAGAUUCGUAAGGCUAUGUCCUGGUAGGUGCGAGUGAACCUCUUCUGCUUCGAAAAAAUCGUGAGAAAAGUUAGAAGAUACGCGGCGGGCCGCCGCCGACGUGUUGUUGAGACGCCCCGCCCCGCCACCUCUCCUUUAACCACCCUGCAUAUCCCAGUUCCAGCAUAAACAUCGCAACGAAUACGCAUACACUUAUAACACGCUGAGUUGCGGGCGAGUAAACCGAUCUUGAAACAGUUGUAGAAACAGUCAUGCCUCAUUUCGAGACGGGCUAGAUCCUCGCGGUUCGACCUAGGAGGAGCUCAUUUUAACCAUGUCCGUCUUGAGUUUUGUAUCAGCUUGGUCCUCAGAUGAUUUAAAUAGAGUUGCAAUAAAAUUCGGUCAGAUUAAAGAGAAGCUAGUACUCGUCAAGAAUGGAGCAUUAAAAGCACAUUCAAUCUUCCGGCUAGAAUAUAGCCUAGCCAGAGUAUUCCUAAACAACCACCCCCUUUCCCCAGCUUAGAGGUCUCUGUAUUUAUUGUACCUAAAGAGAAAUGCAUUUCCUUCGCCGUAUCGCGUGUAUCACGUCUACUCGUUUGUCCGAGCGAAUCCUCGUAGAAUCCUUCUGAUUGUCCUUACACGAAAACACGCAUAUACACACAAAAGGGACUCAUUUACACACACAUUUGCACACUGAGCGAACACUUAUUCUUGUCCUUCCCCUCCCCGCAGACAACCUAGCGUUGAUAUUCGUAAUACUUGUUAUGCAUAAACUACACAUAAUUAUUAUAGUAAACGAUACAUAAAGUAUGAUAUAUUUCCCUAUCCAUUAAGAAGAAUACAAACACAGCUGUUGUUUCUGGUGAAAAAAACGAAAAAUAUGGAUAAAAUGUACUCUACUACAUGCAAGAAAUGCAGCCCCGCAUAUUGCCCAGUGAGCACGUCAUUUUGUACGCUUGGGAGUUGUGAGGUCGUCUGAAUAAACAUUGUCUGGUGAAUUAUACAUAAAAAA